CCAAACUCCCGUCCGCGGUGUCAAAAUUGACAGCUCAAGCUGUCAUCGGUUUCUCUGCUGUCGCCGAACCUUCUUUUCGGUUGUUCCUUUCGUACUGAACGAUCAGCCGCGUGUUGUACUCUGAUCAAAUAAGCAAAAAUGGCCCUGCGACCAGCUUAUAAGCCCAAAAUCGUCAAGAAGCGGACGAAGAAGUUCAUCCGCCACCAGUCGGACCGCUAUGACAAGCUUGCCCCCAACUGGCGUAAGCCGAAAGGUAUUGAUAACCGAGUGCGCCGUCGCUUCAAGGGUCAGUACCUGAUGCCCAACAUCGGUUACGGAUCGAACAAGCGCACCCGCCAUAUGCUGCCCAACGGAUUCAAGAAGUUCCUGGUCCACAACGUCCGCGAGCUGGAGGUGCUGAUGAUGCAGAACCGUGUCUACUGCGCCGAAAUCGCCCACGCCGUGUCGUCCAAGAAGCGCAAGCAGAUUGUCGAGCGCGCCAAGCAGCUGGCCAUCGCCGUGACGAACCCGAACGGCCGUCUGCGCUCGCAGGAGAACGAGUAAGCUUUUGCUUUCUGGCGGAAGUUCUUUAUAUCUGUGCGAGGACUGUGUGACGGACGGGGCUCAAACCUACCGUAAGCUGGGGGUUUGAAACCAUUUAUCUUUGUAAGUGAGAAAUAAGAGAUACAGAAGAGUUAACUGAA